UUGAUCACCACAAUGGCGUUCCACCACCGCCGUCCCUGCCUCCUCUUCCUCCUGGCAGCCCUCCUCCUCUCCCAGCUGACCGCCGGGCUCGCCGCGACGGGCCCCGGCGACGUGGCCGUGUACUGGGGCCGGAACAAGGACGAGGGCACGCUGCGCGAGGCCUGCGACACGGGCGCCUACACCACCGUCCUCAUCGCCUUCCUCAGCGCCUUCGGCCACGGCAGGUACGCGCUCGACCUCUCGGGCCACCCGCUCGCCGGCGUCGGCGACGACAUCAAGCACUGCCAGUCGAGGGGCGUCCUCGUGCUCCUCUCCAUCGGCGGGCAGGGCGGCGAGUACACCCUCCCCUCGUCGCAGGCGGCCGCCGACCUCGCCGACUACCUCUGGGACGCAUUCCUCGCAGGCGGCCGCGCGGGCGUGGCGCGGCCCUUCGGCGACGCGCAGGUGAACGGCGUCGACCUCUUCGUCGACCAGGGCGGCGCGGAGCACUACGACGAGCUGGCGAGGCGCCUCCACGGCUACAACAGGUUCUACCGCGGCGGCGGGAUCACGCUGGCGGCGGCGCCGCGGUGCGCGUACCCGGACCACCGGCUGCAGGGCGCGCUGGCGACGGGGCUCUUCAACCGCGUCCACGUCCGGCUCUACGGCGACCUCCGGUGCACGUGGUCGGCCAGGGAGUCGUGGGAGAAGUGGGCGGCGGCGUACCCGGGGAGCCGCGUGUUCGUCGGCGUGGUGGCGUCGCCGGAGGCCGACAGGGACGCGUACAUGUCGCAGAAGGACCUCUACUACGGCAUCCUGCAGUUCGCGCAGAAACUGCCCAACUAUGGCGGCAUCAUGAUCUGGAACAGGUACUACGACAAGAAGAACCACUACCUCAGCAGCAGCUAAACUUCGGACCCGGUUCACUUUAGCUUAAUCAUCAAGUUUGUUGAUAUAUAUCUACUGUAAUCCACAAAUAAGAUGGAGAAAACUGUUAUGAAGGUCAUGCAUGGUAUGUGAGCAUGCACUGCAUUGUACUCCUAAAUAACUGUCUUUGUUCUAAUAAACAAGAGUGACUCCAUGUA